AUGUCCAGAUUUACAGUGUUCUUUGGAACGUUCGUGGAUACCCCUACACUCGGCCACUUGAGAAUCCGUCCAAGAACAAGUUUGGGUGUCAGCUCGGACGGAACUAUCCGGUUCAUAAAGCCGGAAUCGAAAAAUCCUCUGCAAGACGCCCAGGAUUUCGAUAAGAGUUUGAAUUCAUGGGAGAUCACGGUGGUGGAUACUUUAGAACGGCAAGGCUCGACCUUUUUCUUCCCGGGCUUCAUAGACACGCAUGUCCAUGCGUCGCAGUAUCCCAACGCCGGGAUCUUUGGAUCGUCCACACUUCUCGACUGGCUUGAAAAAUACACUUUUCCGCUCGAAGCUGGCCUCAAGGACCUCGAAAGCGCUCGCAAAAUUUAUGACCGGGUUCUAGACAAGACCCUGGCUCACGGAACCACUACAGCGUCCUACUACACCACUAUCGACGCCGACUCUUCCAACCUUAUGGCUGAGAUUUGUGCCAAAAGAGGUCAAAGGGCCUUUAUUGGUAAGGUUUGCAUGGAUCAAAAUUCUCCUGAGUAUUACAUUGAAACGCUUUCUGAAUGCCAACACUCCCUUCAGAAAGUGGUCAACUAUAUCCGAAAUGAUCUCAAAGAUGACAAAAUCAAACCAAUUGUUACUCCGAGGUUUGCGCCAACUUGUUCAAGUGACCUCAUGGCAUGGCUUGGUAAAACUGCCAGUGAGCAGGAGCUGCACAUUCAAACCCACUUGAGUGAGAAUAAGAAGGAACUCAAGUGGGUCGGAGAGCUUUUCCCCGACUCCGACUCAUAUACCCACGUUUAUGAUGCUCACAACUUGUUAACAGACAAGACAGUGCUGGCACACUGUAUUCAUCUGUCGGAUGAGGAAUUGGAAUUAAUAAAAGAGCGUAAAUCCGGAGUGUCGCAUUGCCCAAUAUCAAAUUCAUCCAUCACUUCCGGCGAGUGUCAAGUGCGCCGUUUCUUGGAUCAUAAUAUCAAAGUGGGAUUGGGAACGGAUUUGUCAGGCGGGUUCGAUGUCAGUAUACUGUGCACGGCUAGGCAAGCAUUGCUAGUUUCGAGACAUUUGGCAAUGAAAGAGCACGACACAGAAAGACAGGAACAUAUCAAGCUUUCGGUCAACGAUGUUCUGUACCUAUCUACAUUCGGAGGAGCAGAAGUAAUGGAUAUGGAUUUACAGGUAGGGAGUUUUGAAGUUGGCAAACAAUUCGAUACACAAUUGAUAGACCUAGAAAGCGCCGACUCCAGAGUGGAUGUUUUCGAAUGGCAACACGCCAAAUGGGAUAAGGAGGAUCAAGAUGAAGCUAAUAAAGGUCUUUUUGAAGAUCUUUUGGCGAAAUGGCUGUUUACCGGUGACGAUAGAAAUACUAUUCGGGUAUGGGUUGCAGGGAAACAGGUCUUCCCUAGCUUGUGUAGUUGA